UGGUAAAAACAUUGAAGAAAUAAAGGCAACAAUAACAACCCUUAUUCUGGUAGUUUCACUAUUAUUGCUGGAUAUUCCACUUUCGAAAACUUCCUUUUUUCUUAGUUGUCAAUUAGUCUCUUGUCAGUUCAGUGGGGGUGUAAACGUACAUACAUGUGUGGUGUGGUGGUUCGUGUAGGAUUUAGUAAAUGUGAAUAAUAAAAAUUUUCAAUAAAACUUAAUUUAACAAAAUAAACUUACUAAUUUAAAGAGAAAUUAAAUUAAUAAUUAAAAAGUUUUAAAUAAAACUUAAAUUUUAAGAAAUAAUAAUGUUUAAAUAUGUGUGCAUAUUAAUUUUCACAUUUACGGUCAAUGGACUUAUAAUAAUACGAGUAUUGUAAUUAUAAAUGGCGGUCAAUAGAGACGAGAUAAAGUGAAAAAUAUUAACAAAAUGUACUGUUUUAAAAAAGUUUUAAUAUAAAGACUUAUGGCAAUUAAAUCUGAAUAUUUACUUCAAUAAAUAAAUGUUAUUAAAUGUUUAAUUUUAAUAAAAUGUUUUGUUAAAUUUGUGAAAAAAGUGAGUGGAAAAAAAUAUAAAUAGAAAAUUUGUAUAAAAAGAAAAAUAUGGGAUUCUGCGCAGUACAUCAUACAUUUUGUAAAAUUUUCAUCUGUCAAAUACCGGUAUUUCUUUAUUCUGUUUUGAUUUUAUAAAUCAUAAUAAAAAGUUGUAAAUCACCGUUAAUCAAAAACAUACUGAUAUACAUACAUAUGUAACAUAACUAUGUAUGAGUAAAAUUACAAAAACCAUGUGCAAUUCUGUCAUGAAAUAGCGUUACUUGAAUUAAACUGUUAAAAAUAAUGAUUAUUUAGCAGUGGUCAUCAUCUUUUUAAUAUGGCAGUCGACUAAAAUACAUACACAUAAUAAAAACUAUCUUAUGAACUGUAAAGAAUAUCAAGAAAUUACAUGAAUGGAAUUCAUAAAGUAUAAUAAAAACAUCAUUAUCAUUGUCAUCAUCGGUUUGUACAUGCAACAACGAAAAUAUCAACAUCAACAGCAUUUAAAAAGAUAACAUUUCGAUUCAUUUUAUAUGUUCGAUUAUGUGGACGAGUUGCGAACGAAGUUCAUCACGAGCCAUCGAAACAACCAUUAAUGGUAGUGGCAAUGGCAGUGGUGAAGCUGCUGGGGUUGGAAGCGGUGUCGGUGGUAGUUGCGUUAUUGUUGGAGCUCCCGGAAGCAGUCAACACGAAACUUUGGCUGACAUCGAACAUAUAUCAACGAUAGCCGGCUCAUUGGUAUCAAUUGGUUCAAUAUCACACACACAACCACGAUAUGGAACAAAUGAUGCUGGCUAUGAUACGGAACAUACAUCGCUUAAUUCGGAUUUCGAUGAAGCGGAAUUACGCCGAGAGUUAUUGAGAGAUAAAUGGAAACUUUUAUUUGAUAUGUUUGAUCCCGAAGGAUUUGGUGAGAUUACUGUAGAUGAGUUUAUUAAUGCUUUAAAAUCGCCAGAAUUUAUAUCACAAGUGCCUAUGAAUAAACGUGAACUAUUAUUGGAGAGAGCAAAAAAGGCUAAAUUACCCAUUGGACCGGGUUAUAUAACAUUUCAAGAUUUUGUUAAUGUGAUGAGUGGUAAACGCACACGCAGCUUUAAAUGUGCAGUUCAUCAUCGCGAUCGUGAAGUUUGUUCUGAGAAUGAUUUUCAUUUGGUUUUAGAAGAACCGCCCUUCUUUAAAAAAAUGGUUCAUGUCAUUGCAAUGGAAAUACUGCCCGAAGAACGUGAUCGCAAAUAUUAUGCAGAUCGUUACUCAUGCUGUCCGCCGCCAUGGUUUAUUAUCUUUAUCACAAUUAUUGAGUUAUGUUUGUUUACUUAUCACACCUUAAAUACAGGAGAAGCUGAUCCCGUGGGUCCAGUGCCCAUUGAUUCAUUAUUUAUAUACCGUCCUGAUAGACGUCAUGAAUUAUGGCGUUUCAUGUCCUAUAUGUUCCUGCAUGCAGGUUGGUUUCAUUUGGGCUUCAAUUUGCUGAUACAACUUGUCUUUGGUCUACCAUUAGAGAUGGUACACGGUUCUGGUCGUAUUGCUUGUAUAUAUUUUUCUGGUGUUUUGGCAGGUUCAUUAGGCACCAGCAUAAUUGAUCCGGAUGUUUAUUUGGUUGGCGCCAGUGGUGGUGUUUACGCUUUACUAGCUGCCCAUUUGGCUAACGUUAUGAUAAACUAUCAUCAAAUGCGUUAUGGAAUUUUACGUUUGGCAGCCAUUUUAUUUUUUGCUUCCUGUGAUGUGGGGUUUGCAGUUUAUGCUCGUUUUGCUGAUGACUAUCCCUCCGUAUCUUUUAUUGCCCAUUUAACUGGCGCUUUGGCUGGUCUAACAAUCGGUCUAUUAGUGUUGAAGAAUUUCGAACAAAAAUUGCACGAACAAUUGCUGUGGUGGAUUGUUUUGGGUAUCUAUGCCGCCUGCAUCAUAUUCGCCAUUAUCUUUAACAUUCUCAAUAGUGCGAUAAUGCAGAGUCUUAAAGCGAAGCCUAUUUAUGCCACAGAAACGUACUACAAUAAUUUUCAAGUUUGAUGUAGAAAAGCUUUAAUUUAUCUUUUAAAUCUAUAUACAAACAAACAGACUACACUUAGAUACAUGCGUAAAUAUUUUUAAAUAUUUUUUUCUUUAAUUUAAUUUAAUGAAUUUAUUUAUUUUUUUUUUAAGUUAAGUUUUCUCUAUUACUGGUUUUCAUUCCAAAAUAUUUUAAAUGAAUUAAUUAAAUGUAUACAUUUUCUAAUGUAAAUAUUUUUUAUUUUGUUGUUUUCGUUAUUUGUUUAUUAAAAAAACAUUAAUAAAUUUGUCAAUUCA